AAAAGAGAGCGAUUGAUGAUGUUUUUGCCGAGGCUGCUAUUCCAAAGUCCGAAGGUCCCCGAGUCCUUUCCCACUUGGAAAGGCUGACCGCCGUAGAAACCGUAAGAAUUAAUUCACAAUCAGUUCGGCACAUGCUAACAGAUAGUCACAAAGGAAGUUGCAAUUCACCAAAAGGCUAUUACAGAGGGAUUUACGGAAAUUAAAGGGUGGAUUAAGACGAUGUUGGUGUUUGGCGGUGGAACUAUUUUGUUUGGAUUCGGAUCGGUGGGUUCACCAUUGCAUACUUGUUUUCUAAGUUGUGUUGCUCACGUUCGUAUCUACAGCUUGCCUACAAAGUGAUGGUAUAUGACGUUGAUGCCAAAAAAGAAAUGAUGGCACAUACCACACGCGUCGUCCACGAGUCGGAGGAAAAACUUGGGACCCGGUUUGGUAGCCGCCUGGACAACUUUGAAAAACAAACCCAGGCACAAAUUGAAAACGUCAAGCUUGAGACAAAGUUGGAGAUCGACAAGGUGGCGCAUUUGGUGGAAUUGUAUACUAAAAAGCGCUAA